CUGUACCGUGUCCGCAGUCUCUGGCCGUCUCAUGUACGUGUCCGCAGUCUCCGGCCGUCUCCUGCACCGUGUCCGCAGUCUCCGGCCGUCUCCUGUACUGUGUCCGCAGUCUCCUGGCCGUCUCCUGCACCGUGUCCGCAGUCUCCGGCCGUCUCCUGCACCGUGUCCGCAGUCUCCGGCCGUCUCCUGUACGUGUCCGCAGUCUCCGGCCGUCUCCUGUACUACCUCCGCAGUCUCUGGUCAUCUCCUGUAGUACCUCCGCAGUCUCUGGUCAUCUCCUGUACUAUGUGUGCAGU